CUCCGCCCCACUCCCCUCUGACCCGGUGUAUCGUCUCUCUCCCUUCCUGUUCCAAACCACGUGGACGCGCCUGGGGCUGCGGGGCUGCGGGAGGGAGCCCGGGCCGCCACUGCCGCUGUCGCCGUCGCCGCUGUCGCCUUGAUAUCCGCGCCUGUCCGAAGUCGUCUCGCCCCGGCCGCCCGCGCCGUUGCUGAGGGCGUGCACAUGGCGACCCAGGCGCACUCCCUCAGCUACGCGGGCUGCAACUUCUUGCGCCAGCGUCUGGUCCUGUCUACUCUGAGCGGGCGCCCUGUCAAAAUCCGAAAGAUUCGGGCCAGAGACGACAACCCCGGCCUCCGAGAUUUUGAAGCCAGCUUCAUUAGGCUGUUGGACAAAAUAACUAAUGGUUCUCGAAUUGAAAUAAACCAAACAGGAACCACCUUAUAUUAUCAGCCUGGCCUCUUGUAUGGUGGGUCUGUGGAACAUGACUGCAGCAUCCUUCGCAGCAUUGGGUAUUAUCUGGAAAGUCUUCUCUGCCUGGCUCCAUUUAUGAAGCACCCGCUGAGAAUAGUUCUGCGAGGAGUGACCAAUGACCAGGUGGACCCUUCGGUUGAUGUUCUUAAGGCAACAGCGCUCCCUCUAUUGAAACAGUUUGGGAUUGAUGGUGACUCGUUUGAGCUAAAGAUUGUGCGACGGGGAAUGCUCCCUGGGGGAGGAGGUGAAGUGUUUUUCUCAUGUCCUGUAAGGAAAGUCCUGAAGCCCAUUCAGCUCACGGAUCCAGGAAAGAUCAAACGUAUCAGAGGAAUGGCGUAUUCGGUACGCGUAUCACCUCAGAUGGCAAACCGGAUUGUGGAUUCUGCGAGGAGCAUUCUCAACAAGUUUAUACCCGAUAUCUAUAUUUACACAGACCACAUGAAAGGAGUCAACUCUGGGAGGUCUCCGGGCUUUGGACUGUGGCUGGUGGCUGAGACCACGAACGGCACCUUCCUCAGCGCUGAACUGGUCUCCAACCAUCAGGGCCAGGGGGCAGCGGUGCUUCCUGAGGACCUCGGCAGGAACUGUGCCAAGCUGCUGCUAGAAGAAAUCCAUAGGGGUGGAUGUGUGGACUCGACCAACCAAAGCCUGGCUCUGUUACUCAUGACCCUUGGACAGCAGGACGUUUCCAAAGUCCUUCUCGGACCGCUCUCUCCCUAUACGAUAGAAUUUUUGCGGCAUUUGAAGAGCUUUUUCCAGAUUAUGUUUAAAAUUGAAACCAAGCCAUGUGGUGAAGAACUCAAGGGAGGGGAUAAAGUGCUGAUGACUUGUGUUGGCAUUGGCUUCUCCAACCUCAGCAAGACCCUCAAGUGACACUGUCACAAGAUGAAAGGCCCCAAGGCCUCUAGACACAGCAGAAGCUUCCAAGGAACCAAAGGGACCAAGUUCAUCCAGGACAGGAUGGCCUCUUAUAUUAAGGACUUAUAAAAUUUUCCAUUUAGAAACCCUCAGGAUAUCCGAAUAAAAGACAUUUCUCUAUCUUGUGGUUUCUAGCCAUUUCUCCAAGGCAGACACUCCUCAGGAGGCCUAGUCAUGAUGGGAGCUCCCUUGGCUUACCUGGAUGAAGAGUGUGCCUUCAGGAUACAGUCGUGCUGCUAGAACAACAUCACAACUGCAUUUCAGCAAUGCUUCCUCGGCCCACAUCCCCACGUUUCUGUCAUAUGGCUAUUUUUCCAGACCUGUGGAGUUACUGUUCGUUCGUUCUGCAAGGAAUGACCUCUCUGAACCUUGGUUUCUAUGUAGGGAUUAAAUGAGAUAAUAUGGGUGGAAGCCCUUUAUGAGUAGUGCAGUGUUAUGCAAAUGUCAGAAAUUGGUGUAGUAGACUAUUUUAUCCCUUGUCUUCUGAGUGGACUGCUAUCUUGGAGACAUACUGCUCCCCAUCUGGUUCACUGUAUGUGGAUUUUGGGGAGGAUGAGUGACUAGGGAGAGCAGGGAUCUAACUAAAGUUAUUGGAUGUUUUCUGUAUCUCAGG